AUGUUCGAAACAGCUCUUAUCUUGUUGUACUUAACAGCAGUGGUAAAAACUAAGGAAGAGGGCGUUUACUUUAAAGUCAGGGAAAAUCAUUUCCUCUUUGAUGAAAAAACUGUUUGGGAUCAAAAGGUUGACUCUUUGCUUUCGUGCUCACAAAUUUGCGGGAGAAGAAACGACUGCAAAUACGUUAACUUUAAAAAAGACCAAGGAAUAUGUUCAAUAAGCGACAGACAGUCUUCUGGAAAGGUCGUACAACGAAAAGAGUAUUUUUAUUUGAAGAAGGUAGGUUAUUUGAGCGUUAUUUUUGACAGCAGUGAUUGGCAGUUUUUUGUGGAGGAAAUGGAUUUAGAGGAUGAUUACAAAAACGUAACGUAUUUACGUUUGGUGCGGAGGCCAAUAAAACAGAAUUACACUAGAGAUGGCGGAUUAUCCGUCUGA